GGGGGCGAGUUCAAUCCUAGUGUCUUACCCGGCACUUUUGGCACGGAUUAUGCUUUUAUCAACAAAACCUACGUCCAAUACUAUAUUGAUCAUGGGUGCAAUACCUUUCGCGUCACUUUUCUGAUGGUAAGUCUCUCCUAUGAACGUAUGUGUCCAUUGGAAUACGGCUUAGGGCCGCAUUUCAAUGAGACCUAUUUCGACCUGUACAAGGACGCUGUGGACUACAUUACCACCCAUGGGUCAUAUGUGUUGAUUGACCCUCACAAUUACAUGCGUUAUAACAACGCUUCCGAUCAACCUUGGUCAGGCAGUGUGAUCGGCAACACUUCUGAUCCCAACGCCGCCACGACACAACAAUUCGCCUCAUUCUGGCACGAAAUCGCUUCACGCUUCCGCUACAACCCGAACGUCAUCUUUGGCAUCAACAAUGAGCCACAUAACAUGACCACGGAAUUGAUUCUGCGAAAUGAUCAGGCCGCUAUAGAUGCUAUCCGGUACGCAGGUGCAUUCCAGCUUGUUUUGGUGCCGGGAAAUGGAUUUACAAACGCCGAGAUCUGGACCAACACCAGCGGUAAUGGCCUGGAGCCGGGAUCGACACCAAAUUCAGAGAUCAUGGGCCACAUCUUUGACCCCAUUGAUAACUGGGCCUUUGACAUGCAUCUAUAUCUGGAUUACGACUUCAGUGGCACUCACCAAAAAUGCGUGGGUCCUAACUUCGGCGUGAAGAACUUGCGAUUAGUGUCUGACUGGCUUGAAAAGAAUAACUUCACUGCAUUCCUGAGUGAGUUUGGGGGUGGGUAUAACAAGAUUUGCUAUGAGGCUCUGGACAAUAUGCUCUCAUUCCUUGAAGAGCAUCCCUCAUGGAUUGGUUGGACAUACUGGGCAGCCGGGCCGAUCUGGUGGAAUAAUAAUGGCCAGCACACCCCCAGUGCCGAGCCAUUUAAUGGUGAAGGUUUCAAAACGACAUGGCCAAUUGUCCUGGAACCUCACGUUCGGAAGUAUCAGCCCAUCAAGCGCUUUGGUGUUUCCAGUAACUUCAAGAGGGAAUUUGUCUGA